UAAUAAUAAAUAUGAUUGAAGCAAAACUGGAUGAGUACAUCAGUUGGGAUCAGUAAAUUAUAAAUCAGUCAUGGCGAAAACAUCACAGCAGAAAGCAACCACUUUUAUUGUGGUUUGGCUUGUCUUACAAGCCCAGAAUAUCUUGUGUAGUACCGAUAAGGAAUAUGAAAUACCAAGCAUCAGAGCAAACUGGUUUAAGGCGAACGAGUUCUGUAGCUCGAUCGGUAAGCAAUUGGUGACGAUCACUAGUCGUGAUGAGAAUGACGCAGUGGCACAGUUUGUCCAGAGUACGGACAAGUUCAGCGAUGUGGCAUCAUUCUUCUGGCUCGGAGGAAGUGAUCUGGCGGAAGAAGGUACCUUUAGCUGGAUGCCGAACGGACGAUUGGUGAGGUACGCCAACUGGUCUCCGGGAGAACCGAACAACGCCAACGACACGGAACACUGCAUGCAGUUGGUUUACAUACCCCGAUUCGAGCAGAGAUGGACCUGGAAUGAUAACGAUUGCAGGACCAAACACAUGUAUUUCAUCUGUGAGAGUAAGCUGAGCGGUUGUAUAGAACAGCUCAAGGGAUAGUAAACAGAAAUUCCAAUGGGAGGUUAAAUAUGUAAACGAAAGUAUCAUCUACGCGUUUCGUUACAUCAACUAGAAAAAUAAAUUUGUUUACAAGUUUCGUCGCUUUUAUUGAAACAAUGGCAUCUAUUUUGAUUGGAAACGCACAUUUGAAGAUAGUAACUCUAAGAACGCACAUACUUUUCAAGUGUUACCGUGAGUAUGAACUCCACUAAGUUAAAAUCAUUGACUGGACUACUCAUCGUUUUAAUUAUUGGUAAAAAUCAUAAUAAUAGUUCCAUUAUUUGCCUAAACUUGGUGUUAAAUCGAUGUAAAGAGUAAUUGAAUUUCUAGCCACAUUUUCAGGAGGAACCAACUCUCAAUCAAAUCCGGUUCUGGACGUGGUUUGUGAAUCUAAUUCUAUCUACAUGGAGAAGUGCAAUAUAUGUGUGUGCUCUAAAAACGGUUUCAAUGCGCAGUGCACAACUUUUCUUUGCAAUCAAAAUCAGGGCAGCUAUCAAAUUGGGCCGCCCACCUGGAGCAAUGAUUAGGGAUGAUGAGUGACCUUAGCACGUAUGUGAUUGUGAUUCAAUAUAUUUACAAGUUAAUAAAUUUUUUAAACAUAUGAAAGAUGUAAAUAUUAGUAAGUAAUAAAUCAGACCUUUUUUU